AUGUCACCACUCGGUGGUGGCCGCGAUAUGUUAGAUCCUCUCGCGAGGUUAGGACGCGGCUCUCCAUACGGUAUAAUGAGGGGAGGGGGUCUGGGGGCAGGAGGUCUGGGGGCAGGAGGCCUAGGGGUAGGUGUGGGUGUAGGAGGUAUGAGGGCCGGCAUUUUGGGCGGUGGGCCUUUAGGGGUUCGGGGUCGAGGUCUUCAUCCUGGCGCUUUCUAUGGCAACCGGGGCGCUUUGGGUGUAGACGUUCGCGGUGAUCCGUUAAGCCAAGCACUUCAACUCGGACGCUAUCCGAGAGGCCUCGAGCAUUCCCUUGGUCGACAUGGCGGUCAUGAUGCUUUGGCUCUGUUGCCUUAUGAGCGUUACCGGGCAGGAGGGGGGUGGCCACAUGGAUCUGACUGCGAUACAGGUUGGCGAGAGCGACUCUUCCAUGAUCGCGAAGGCCAUCACGGCCAUGGCUGUGGAUGUCGGCGUUCUUGUGGGGAAAGCUCAAACUCGAACUCAAAGAGCAAUUUCGACUUCAAGACCAAAGACGUAACGAUACGAGGCAAAGCCAGGGCGGUCAGAGCAAGCUAUCUGGCUGAGGCGGCAAAGUUCGAGGGGGAUGUGACCAAGUACAUGGAGAAGAAGAGUCAAGAAGAGGUUCCGGAUCGGGUCAUCGAUAUGCUGAUAUCUUACAUCAAUCGGGAGGAAUAUUCGAACAACAGCGUAUUUGAUGAAGUCACUCUGAACAUUUUGGCUUCCAAUGUCGGCGCCAAAUCCGCGGUCGACUAUUCGCUAGCUCGACUUAAGGAUAGCACUGGCGACCUCGAUGCUGACGAACUCAGCCUUAUUAUCGCGUUGAUUUUGCUGUCCGGCAAGGUAGACGACGGUUUGAGAAAGUGGUUGGCGAAUUAUCUCAAGGAUGGAGAUCGUAUCUCAUACUUGGACAGAUCGCAUUCGUUCCAGGAGGUGCUUGACGAGAAACCAGAACUCUACCCCGAAAUCCAGCGACUCCUUGGGUUACGGGUUGAUCGAGAUCCGAGUCUUCUUAGAAUCUUGUGA